GUUGUUUACCAUUGACAAUUCAUUCCACGGAGAGAUCUUGACCAUGUUGCGUCUCACAGUAAAACACGGCCUGCGGGCCAGUUCCCAGCUGGCUGCCACCAGAAACCCAGAUGCAUCAUCGUACGUCCAGCAGCUGGAAUCGGAAUGGGAGGGCGCCAAACCCUUUACGGAACUUCCCGGACCGACACGCUGGCAAUUGUUCCGCGGCUUCCAGAAGGGCGGUCAGUACCACCAGCUGGGCAUGGAUGAUGUGAUGCGGCUGUACAAAAAGCAGUUCGGCGACAUAUGCCUGAUACCCGGAUUAUUCGGCAUGCCCUCCACUGUGUUCACGUUCAAUGUGGAAACCUUUGAGAAGGUCUAUCGCACCGAAGGUCAGUGGCCCGUCCGCGGUGGCGCCGAACCUGUCCUCCACUACCGCAGUAAGCGGAAGGAUGAGUUUUUCAAGAACUGCAUGGGAUUGUUCGGCAAUGGCGCGGAAUGGGGAAAGAAUAGGAGUGCCGUGAAUCCCGUCCUGAUGCAGCACCGAAAUGUGGCUAUCUAUCUGAAACCGAUGCAGCGCGUCAAUCGGCAGUUUGUGAAUCGCAUCCGCGAGAUGCGCGAUAAGGAGUCCCAAGAAGUGCCCGGUGACUUCAUGAACACCAUCAACCACCUGACCUUCGAGUCAGUGGCGACAGUGGCCCUUGACAGGGAAUUGGGACUGCUCCGUGAAGCCAACCCGCCGCCGGAGGCCAGUAAACUGUUCAAGAAUAUCGAAGUCCUGAUGGAUUCCUUCUUCGACCUGGGCGUGAGACCAUCGUUGUACAGGUACAUCUCCACACCCACCUACAAGAAGUUCAGUCGGGCCAUGGAUGAAAUCUUCGACACCUGUUCGAUGUACGUAAAUCAGGCGAUAGAAAGGAUCGACCGGAAAUCUUCACAAGGCGAUUCAAGCGAUCAUAAGAGUGUUCUCGAGCAGUUGCUGCAAAUCGAUAGGAAGCUCGCCGUUGUUAUGGCCAUGGACAUGCUGAUGGGAGGAGUUGAUACCACCAGUACGGCUAUCUCUGGAAUACUGCUCAAUCUGGCCAAGAAUCCGGAGAAGCAGCAAAGGCUAAGGGAGGAAGUUCUAAGCAAACUAACUUCGCCGGAUAGCGAAUAUACUGUGGAGGAUAUGAAAUCACUUCCGUAUCUGAGGGCGGUCAUCAAGGAAUCGCUACGAGUGUAUCCAGUCACCUUUGGUAAUGCCCGAUCCGCCGGAGCUGAUGUUGUCCUCGAUGGCUAUCAAAUCCCCAAGGGCACCAAGCUUUUGAUGACCAACAGCUUUUUGCUUAAGGACGACCGACUGUAUCCCCGGGCAAAGGAAUUCAUCCCGGAACGCUGGUUGCGCCAAAAGGACGACGACAAGUCGGAUGUCCUGAUGAACAAGGACUUAAAUGCUUUUGUCUACUUGCCGUUCGGAUUCGGACCACGCAUGUGCGUGGGCAAACGGAUUGUGGAUCUUGAAAUGGAACUCACGGUGGCCAACUUGGUGCGAAAUUUCCAUAUUGAAUAUAACUAUCCCACUGAAAAGCCAUAUAAGUGCAGGUUUUUGUACAAGCCCAAUAUUCCUCUGAAAUUCAAGUUUACCGAUCUGAAAUAUUAAAAUGUGAUAAAGC